AUGAAUGCCAUGGUCCCCACAACAAACAUGGCUGCAUUGAUGGUGAAGCUAGUGAACACGACCAAUGUACUGUUCGACCUCCUCAACCUACACCCAUAUGCAAUGAUGCUUCCAAUGGACGAAUCCACGGGAGGUAGAAAUAAAAUUAAAAUAUUAAACCGUAUCUUCAGCAAUCACAAACUCCGCAUCCGAAAUAAAACUCCCAAUUGCACUUCUAAAGGGUGUGUAACAAGCGAUAACGCAUCCAAUAAGCGCACAGCCAAUGAAUGUGUAACAGACGAUUAUGCAGUUGUAGAUUGUUCGGGAGAUGUAUCUCUGGAUCAGAUGCUCAAGGAAGCCGAUAACCCAGAGUGCAAGUUUUACCACGUAAAGUCGAUAAUAGAUCGCCUGGACAAAAACAUUACGGGGUGUUUAAUUCUAUUGGCCAAAAAGCACAAGUACAAGCAGGGCAUUGUGCCCUUUGCUGGAGGAGUGAUUGAAAUCGUGGAUGAGAAUGAAAGGUCUAUUCAAGCAAUGUGGGCCAGUACAACACUUGAUACUCAAUUGGAUGCAUUAUUAGACGCAUUUUGCAUACGACUAUGCGCACAUGCUUAUCAAAUGUCACUCCCGCACAUAAAACGGGUAAAACAUGGUUCUAGACUAGUGUCUGUAUAUCAUUCUGUUGCCCAGACGUUUCCGAGUUGCGCUUACGAGUUUAUUAAAAACUCUAUGAAGAUGUCAAUGCAUGUGGAUCGGCCCAAUUUCACUGGGCAACACAGUGAUAAUCCUACUGUGCAAUGUAAAUGCACUAAGGAUGCUUCCCAAAUGGAAUUACAAAUGACAUUUUAUGGAAUUUCCGAGUCGCGGUUCACUACUAUGUACCAAAGCACAUAUGAGAAGAUAAUAACUCGUCAUAUUAUCCAGGCAAAUAAACCAGUUUCGCCAUUUUACCUGAUGAACCAGCCAAAAGAUCAUGAUGAUAACAAUAAUGAUAAAUUUAGAAGAAAGAUUGGCCGAAAACUCAGAUCAUCUCUUGAUAUGGAAUUUGUAGAAAAUUGA